AAUAAACUACAUGAAUAAGGACUGAGCCAGAAGCACAGAGGAGACAGAGCACUGUGUGUGUCUGCGUGUAUGUGCGUGCGCAUGUAUGCAUGUGUGAGAACACUGCGCAUGUGUGACUGAGCGGACUGUGCAGGAGAAAGAGCAGUAAUGAACGCCAGCUGAGGGAUGACAGCAGGGGAGAGGGAGAGAAGGAGAAGACAGAGGCUCACCUGAAGAGGAGAAGAAGGAGGCAGUGAAAAGAAAGGAGGACAUACUGGGGCGACAUUUGAGACAUAGAAGAAGCUUGGGUCUCUGCACAGAAUAAGAUAAAUGAUGUGUGAAUAGAAGCAGACAAACUGGGAUGGAGAAAAGGACACGGGAAGAAAGAUUUCAGCUCCAACUCGAAGGAAAAAGACCGGAAGAGUGAAGGAGAACGAAACCAGAGAGCCGAUGAUGCUGAGCUUGAUGAAAGCAGACUGACGUGUCCACCUUGCAACAGCUUCCUCCAUCUUAACAUUUCCUCCAUGUUGUUGAUGCUCUGAGAACAGAGACGGACAGGAGAGAGGAAGACAGCAUCCUCACCCAAGCAACAAAGAAGGCAAAGCAGUUUGUCAUCCAACACAAACAGCUUGUUGAGGCAGCAAACGACUGGACUAUGACAACCACGUAAAGCGGACAGAUGUUUCAUCAUGUCGAUCUGGGUCGACGGCAUUAUCUUCACACGCUGAUGUAAAACUGAAGACAAACCAAUCACGCCCACCGAGCCACAGCUUCUUAUCGGCAGAGAUGAAAAACCUAUCAGACGGAAACGAUGACUUGAGGCUAUGGUCCGCACCAAUCGAUCCACUGUGGGUGGCUUUUUCCUGGCAGGGAGGAGUAUGGUGUGGUGGCCAAUCGGAGCAUCGCUCUUUGCCAGCAACAUUGGCAGCGGCCACUUUGUAGGGAUUGCUGGUACUGCUGCAGCUGCUGGAAUUGCCGUUGGUGGAUUUGAGUGGAACGCUAUUAUUGUUGUCGUUAUUCUGGGAUAUCUCUUUGUGCCGAUCUACAUCAAAGCUGGGGUGAUCACUAUGCCUGAGUACCUGAAGAAGAGGUUCGGAGGACAGCGCAUUCGUAUUUAUCUCUCUGUGCUCUCCCUCUUCCUCUACGUCUUCACAAAGAUCUCUGCCGACAUGUUCUCUGGUGGCAUUUUCAUCCAGCAGGCUCUUGGACUGAACAUCUACGUUGCUGUUAUCGCUCUAUUGGCGAUUACUGCGCUGUACACCGUCACAGGUGGACUGGCUGCAGUGAUAUAUACAGACGCCUUACAGACGAUCAUCAUGGUUAUUGGAUCCUUCAUUCUCAUGGGUUUUGCUUUCAAUAAAGUGGGGGGCUAUGAAAAUUUCGAGACACUCUACAUGACCGCAGUUCCCACAAACACCACUAACAUCAGUGCAGAGUGCUACGAGCCUCGGAAAGACGCCUUCCAUCUUUUUAGAGAUCCAAUAACAGGAGACCUGCCUUGGCCUGGCAUGGUGUUUGGACUCACCAUCCAGGCCACCUGGUACUGGUGUGCUGAUCAGGUGAUUGUCCAGCGUUGCCUCUCAGCCAAGAAUCUCUCUCAUGUGAAAGCAGGUUGCAUUUUGUGUGGUUACUUGAAGCUGCUGCCCAUGUUUCUCAUGGUUUUUCCUGGAAUGAUAAGCAGGAUCUUGUAUCCUGAUGUGGUGGCAUGUGUGAUCCCGGAAGAGUGUAAUGAACACUGUGGAGCUGAAGUUGGAUGCACCAACAUUGCCUAUCCCAAACUGGUUGUGGAUCUUAUGCCAAAUGGUCUGAGGGGUUUGAUGCUGUCAGUGAUGAUGGCCUCUCUAAUGAGCUCCCUCACUUCAAUAUUUAACAGUGCUAGUACUCUCUUCACCAUGGACAUUUAUACUAAGGUCCGUCCUCGUGCCAAAGAAAGGGAACUGAUGAUUGCUGGCAGGGUGUUCAUUGUGAUCCUUAUUGGAAUAAGCAUUGCCUGGAUUCCUAUAGUGCAGUCAGCCCAGAGUGGUCAGCUCUAUGACUACAUGCAGUCAAUCACCAGCUAUCUCACUCCACCUGUGGCCGCUGUCUUCAUGCUGGGCAUGUUCUGUAAACGAGUUAAUGAAACCGGUGCCUUUUUCGGACUCACAAUUGGCCUAGUAAUAGGAUUAACCAGGAUGAUCACAGAGUUUAUCUAUGGGACAGGGAGCUGUGUUAACCCGAGUGACUGUCCUACCAUCAUCUGUGGAGUGCACUACCUCUACUUUGGGAUGAUCCUGUUCCUUGUCUCUUGUAUCCUCAUACUUGGAAUCUCCCUAAUGACCAAGCCCAUCGAUGACAAGCAUCUGUACCGAUUGUGCUGGAGUCUGAGGAACCGUACAGAGGAAAGAGUGGACAUUGAUCCGGAUGACUGGAUUGGGCAUCAUGAUGACGACGACGACAGUAAAAUUGAUGUAAAAGAACCUAAGAAAAAGCCAAAUUUCUUCAAGAAAAUGCUAAUGUCCUUCUGUGGCCUGGAGGAGAACAAAAAGGCACCAAAACUUACUCCAGAGGAGGAAGCAGAACUGAAGAAGCAGCUAACAGAUACAACAGAGAAGCCUCUCUGGAGGAACAUUGUCAAUGCAAAUGCCGUCAUUCUCCUGUGUGUCGCUGUGUUCUUUCACGGAUACUUUGGUUAGUCAAACCCCAUAAACAUUAAGUGGUCCUGGAUACUGUAAUUUAUUUUGCAUGGAUUUAAAUUAUAACAAAACCAUUAACGCUGAUCCUGUGUGCUAUCAUUCUUCCUGUAUUGGCCAACUGGUCUCACAAAGGACACAAAGUGUAUUUUUCUCAAAGCAUCUUCCUUUUCAGUUAACUUUUUCCUGGUAUUUGUAACCUGGAGUGAACCAGUAAAUAAUGUUGUAACAUAUUAACGCAUCUUACUUGUUACAAUGUCCAAAUUCUCACAUAUUUGUUCUGACUUCCAUAUCCUCUUAUCAUAUUUGUACAUAUUACCGUUAUGACCUGGACGGUGUCUUUUUGUUGUGGUGCAAAGAGAGAAGCUCUGGAAUUGAGAACAGCUUAUACAAGUACCUUCAAACUUUCUUCUUUUUAUUUUCCCAUGAAGUUAAAAAAUGUAUUUUUUGGCAAAUAUUCAUUGUGAUACUGCACACAUUAGGCGAUAAUUUGUUUUAUCUGCAGUUCCCUGUCUUUUGUGAAUGAAAAUAUAAACGCCUUUUAUUUUCUUAAGUUUACAGAUAAUUGCUGUUUAUAUCACCAGCUGCUACAUUAAGUCAUUAUGAAGGAGGGACAACAUGACAAAAACUAUGUACCUGGAAGAAGUUAGUAAUAUUUAACAAGUAAAAGACAAACAAGAUGGUUGUAAAUUCCCUCAGAAUGUAUGUCUGCUACCUCAUUCAUCGACUUCAGUUGGGUUUUCUCAUAUUGUGUGCUCAAAGUCCACAAGUGCUGCCACUUCUAACUUCCAUACAAAUAACAGUGUGUGUUGUUUUAGGUGUUAAUGAAUAAAGCCAUCUCAGGGAGAGAGAGUUAGGAAUUAUUAGAAAGCACUCAGACUCUCUUUGCUUCCACCUAGUGGUGUAAAAAUGAUUUGUAAGUAAAAGAAAAAUGUAAAAUAGA